AUGACCCAGGCUGCUGCUGAACACGUGCUCGUCACCGGAGGAGCCGGAUACAUCGGCUCUCACACUGUUAUUGCUCUGGUUGAGGCUGGACGAAAGCCAGUCAUUGUCGACAACCUGGACAACUCGUGUGAGGAGGCUGUGCGCCGAAUCGAACAGAUUGUGGGCGAGAAAAUCCCCUUCUUUGAGGUUGAUAUCAGAGACACUAACGGUCUGGAUGAAGUGUACAAGCAGUACCCAACCAUCACCUCUGUGCUGCAUUUCGCUGGUCUCAAGGCCGUGGGAGAAUCUGGCCAGAUUCCUCUGGAGUAUUACAACUGCAACGUGGCGGGUUCCAUUAACCUCCUGCAGUGGUGCCAGAAGCACAACAUCCACAACUUUGUCUUCUCGUCGUCCGCCACCGUCUACGGAGACGUCACCCGGUUUGAGGGCAUGAUUCCCAUUCCUGAGGAGUGUCCCACCGGACCCACUAACCCUUACGGACGAACCAAGAUGAUGAUCGAGGACAUCAUUCGAGAUCACGUGCGAGCCAAUGCUCCCUGGAACGCCGCUAUUCUGCGAUACUUCAAUCCGAUGGGUGCCCAUCCCUCUGGUCUGGUUGGAGAGGAUCCUCUUGGUAUCCCCAACAACCUGCUUCCUUACCUUGCCCAGGUUGCCGUGGGCCGACGAGAGAAGCUCUUUGUGUUUGGUGACGACUACCCCUCUCGAGAUGGAACUCCCAUCCGAGACUACAUCCACGUGUGCGAUCUUGCUGCUGGCCACGUGGCUGCCCUUGAGAAGCUCGAGGCUGUCGAUAAAGAGCGAAAGCAGCUGCCCCAGGGGUCCCCCGAGCUCAAGCACGGUUUCUCUCGAGAAUGGAACCUAGGAACCGGCCACGGAUCUACUGUGCUUGAGGUCGUCAAGGCCUUUUCCAACGCCGUGGGUAAGGACCUACCCUACGAAAUCACCGGUCGACGAGACGGAGACGUUCUGGAUCUCACCGCGAAACCCGGCCGAGCAAACUCCGAGCUCAACUGGAAGGCAGAGAAGACUCUCGACGAAAGCUGCUCCGAUCUGUGGAGAUGGACCAGCGAGAACCCCUAUGGUUACAAAAAGGACCGUCAUGACAAGUAA